AUGGGGAAACAGUUGUUGGUAUCUCGGAAACAGAGCUCCUGGAAGACCGAUGAGAAUUUGAGAAUCAAGGCGGCAUGGAAUCCUUCGCAGAGCUGGAAUCCACGAGUCAUCCCUCGCCCUCUGCAGACUUCGGAGCCCGCGAUUCACCUGGCGAACGAUUGCGACGAUCCCGCCGCUCUGUUUCGUCGCCGUUUUGAUUUGGCGUGGCCGGCAACUCCGGGGCGGAUACCGGAUGCGGACAUGGACGGGCGACGGGGGUUCGAAAAGCGGGCCAGUCCAGCAAGCCACAGUGAGAGGCGCAGCGAAGAUGGGGCGUCGACGACCGGAUUGCCAGUCACCGCUGCGCUUGCUUGCUAA